AAAGUUAGUGCAAAUGUGAAUGACAGUUCAAGUGGAAGUGGAUUUUCUCGUGAAAAGUGCAUUUUCCAGCAAUUUCCGGGUGUGAAAAGCCAUGUCAGUGGAUGUGUACAUAUUCUUCCUGUUCUUCUUCAUCGGCCUGGUAAUUAUCACUCAUAUUCUCACGUCACGCAAUGAGAAAUUGCGUCACAAUUCACGGAUCUCCUUGAACUUGGGCAACAUUCCGGAAGAUGUAAUUUCGGGAGAUGCUGAAAUUCCCAGGAUUAGGAAUCCCAAUUGUUCCUACUGGGACUGUUUCAAUGUGUACAAAUGUGGCCAGAAGGCUGCAGACAAUGAAUUUUCAAUCUACGUCUAUCCACUGAAGAACUACGUCGAUCCAGAUGGUAGGAAUGCCUUCAAACUCACCAAGGAAUUCUACUACAUCCUCAAAGCAAUCUCUGAGAGUCCCUACUACACUCCCAAUCCCAAUAGGGCAUGCCUCUUUGUCCCUAGCAUCGAUACUCUGAAUCAGAAUAAUAUAGAUUCAAGCCUGAUGGCCAAGGCAUUGGCUGCCCUGCCGUAUUGGGAAAAUGGAGAGAAUCACUUGCUCUUCAACAUGAUCCCGGGAUCUCCCCCGGACUUCAGCACAGUUCUGGAUGUAAAUACCGAUAGGGCACUAAUUGCAGGAGCGGGAUUCGAUACGUGGACGUAUAGAAGUGGAUUUGAUCUGUCAAUUCCCUUUUUCAGUCCCAAUCAAGUUAAAAUGUCUCAGAUUGAGGCCAGUGAGCCUCGGAAGUACUUGCUAAUCUCCUCACAGCUCAACAUGUACCCGUAUCAUGUGAGAAUCCUCCAGGAAAUCUCCUUCAAUCAUCCGGACGUUCUCACUCUCCAAAAAUGCCCUCAGAAGACAGAAAAUCAAGUAACUUCCAAAAAUCCAGAGAAAGAUCCCAAGGAUGAAGAUAUCAGAUGCAGCAUUCCUCAUGGGAAUGAAUUCAGAUAUCCCGAAAUCCUGACCAAAGGAACCUUUUGCCUGGUAAUCCGUGGAGUAAGACUGGCCCAGCCCAAUUUAAUGGAAGCUCUAGCCAGCAAUUGCAUCCCUGUCAUUGUGGCCAAUAACAUUGUCCUGCCCUUUGACGAUGUCAUCGACUGGAGUCUCGCCUCAAUUUCCAUCCGUGAAACCGAUCUCCAUUCCAUCCAUUCCGUCCUCCAAGCCGUCAGCCCAGAUAAAGUUUCUGAGCUUCAGAAGCAAGGUCACUGGCUCUACAGGAAAUACUUCAGCAGCAUCCGGAAGAUCGUUCAUACAUCCCUGGACAUCCUAAAUGACAGAGUAUUUCCCCAUCUGGCCAGAACUUACCUUCACUGGAAUGUUCCAAUGUACGAAAAAACCACAAGGAAUCCCCUCUUCCUGCCCCUAAUCGCUCCCAAAUCCCAAGGAUUCACUGCUGUCAUCCUCACGUACGAUCGCAUAGACUCCCUCUUCACCCUUGUCCAGAAGCUGGCAGUAGUUCCGGCUCUGCAGAAAAUCCUCAUCAUCUGGAACAAUCAGAAGAAAUCUCCGCCGCAUCCAACCAUGUUCCCCAAAAUCACAAAACCCCUCAAACUCAUCCAGACCAAAGCCAAUAAACUCUCCAAUCGCUUCUAUCCGUACGAAGAGAUUGAGACUGAAGCCAUCCUCACCAUUGACGAUGACAUCCUCAUGCUGACCAUCGAUGAGCUUCAGUUUGGCUAUGAGGUCUGGAGGGAGUUUCCGGACAGAAUCGUGGGAUUCCCAAGUAGAACUCAUGUUUGGGACAAUUCCACGGGAAAGUGGAAGUAUGAGUCCGAGUGGACCAAUGAGAUCUCAAUGGUUCUCACAGGAGCGGCUUUUCAUCACAAGUACUGGAGCUACAUGUACACAAAUGCCAUGCCGGGCGACAUAAAGGAAUGGGUAGAUGAUCAUAUGAACUGCGAAGAUAUCGCCAUGAACUUCCUCGUGGCCAACAUCACACGAAAGCCCCCCAUCAAAGUGACACCGCGGAAGAAAUUCAAGUGUCCUGAAUGCACAAACACGGAAAUGUUGUCAGCUGACAUCAAUCACAUGCUCGAGAGAUCUGCCUGCAUCAAUCGCUUCGCAGAUAUCUACGGAACGAUGCCACUGAAGACGGUGGAAUGGAGAGCUGAUCCCGUACUCUUCAGGGAUAACUUCCCGGAGAAACUGAAGCGCUUCAAUGACAUUGGCAGCUUGUGAGGACUGAGGAAGGAGUGUUUGUGUGGCCAAAAAUGGUGCAAUUAUCGUGAAAAUCAAAGUGUCAUAGAAGUCUAGUCCAAGAAGUCUCAAGUUUUUUUUUUUAAUUCGUUUUCUGUCAUUUUGACUCGAUUGCACCAGGAUUUUUGCACGAAUUUAUAUUGAUUAAUUUUUUAUCGUAAAGUAUUUUAUCCAAAGGGCAUUUCGCCGAAGCAAAAAUGAUUGUUUUUGAUACGAUUUUGUAAAAUUAUAUUCGUAUUAUUCGUUAAAUAUUUCCGAUAUUCAAUUAUUUGGAAAAUAUUUGCGAUAUUCAAGGAAUAUUUGUGAAAUAUCUGCGUUAUUCAGGGAAAGUAUCUCCGAUAUUCAAGGAACAUUCGUUAAGUGUCCGCUAAAUUCAGGGAAUAUUCGCAAAAAAUCUGCGAUAUUCAAGGAAUAUUUGCAAAAUAUCUGCGAUAUUCAGAGAAUAUUCGCAAAUUAUCUGCGAUAUUCAAGGAGUAUUCUUAAAGUAUCUCCGAGAGUCAAGGAAUAUUUGUAAAGCAUCCGCGAUUUUCAGGGAAUAUUCGCAAAAUAUCAACGAAAUUCAAGGAAUAUUCACAAAUUAUCUGCAAUAUUCAAGGAAUAUUCGCAAAGUAUCUCCAAUAUUCAAAGAAUAUUCGUAAAGCAUUCGCGAUAUUCAGGGAAUAUUCGCAAAAUAUCUGAAAUAUUCAAUGAAUAUUUGCAAAUUAUCGCGAUAUUAAAGGAAUAUUCUGAAAGUCUCUUCGAUAUUCAAAGAAUAUUCGUGAAACAUUCGCGAUAUUCAGGGAAUAUUUGCAAAAUAUCUGCAAUAUUCAAUGAAUAUUCGCAAAUUAUCGCUUUAUUAAAAGAGUAUUCGCAAAGUAUCUCCGAUAUUCAAGGAAUAUUCGUGAAAUAUCCAUGAAAUUCAAGGAAUAUUCGCAAAUUGUCUGCGAUAUUCAAGGAAUACUCGCAAAGUAUCUCCGAUAUUCAAGUUAUAUUCGUAAAAUAUCUACGAUAUUCAAUGAAUAUUCGCAAAUUAUCGUGAUAUUCAAGGAGUAUUGACAAAGUAUCUUCAGUAUUCAAGGAAUAUUCAUAAAGUAUCCGUGAUAUUCAAGGAAUAUUCGCAAAAUAUUUGCGAUAUUCAACGAAUAUUCCCUGAAUAUCUGCGAUUUUCUGUGAAUAUUCGCAAAAUAUCUAUGAUAUUCAAGGAAUAUUCACGAAAUAUCCCCGAUUUUCACAAAACAUCAGUGAUAUUGACAAAAUUCCAGAAAUAUUCGCAAAUGUUUACAAUAGUUCCCCAGUGAAAUGCCCUUCGAUUUUAUCCACUGACGAGGAUAUCCAUAAUUUGUGACCAUAUCUAGGGGCUAAAUAGUUAAUUAAAAAAAAGUUCAAGGAGGCAGUCUAAUAGUAAAAAAGAAAAUAGUUAAAUGUAAAUGUGAUAUUUAAGAUGCAUUUAUUGAGUGAGAAUAGAGAUCUUGCAAUUUCUCCCAUUAAACAAAUUACAAAGAGAAAUAGAAGACAUUUCCAUUUAAAUCUACAUCACAAUUUGUUGUAGAAUUUUAAGAACAGUUUUUUUUCCUUGUCGCAUGUUUGAAAUUAGAAUCUGCAUAACUUGUUAAAUAAGAUUGGUGUAAUUUUUGUUUAUUUUUUUUUUAAAUAUUCAGAAAGGAGAAAUAUAAAGAUCAUUUUGAAA